UGUUGGUAUCACUUUUGUUGUUUUAUACAAUAUGGUAGUGAAAGAUUGCUAAUAUAUAUUGUGAAUUGCUUCAGAGAGGGUUAUAUUUUGUAUAACUUAAUUUACGAAGUAGACGAAAAGUUUUAAGUUCAGAGCUAAUUUUAUAUAAGAACAUGCACCAUUAAACUGUGUAAAUUUUAUUUUAUGAAGAUUUGACAGAUAAUAAUAAAAAAAAAUAUGACACCGAGCAAUAGUUCCGAUGGCAGCAGUGAUGAAAGUCGUAAUGGAAGAUCACGCAAAAGUUGUAAAAGGAAGCGUGAAUAUAGUCUUGUUCAAGAUAGACGUAAUAAUAGAAAAGAAAUUUCAAGCAAGAGUAAAAUUCAUAAAGAUUCUAGAAGUGGAAGAGAAGUACAUAAAAGUAACAGAGAUUCAAAAAGAGACAGCACUGAAAGAACACAUCGUGAAAGAGAUAGAGAUACAGAUCGGGAUAGGGAUAAAAGAGAGCGCCUGGAAGAGUCCAGAUCUAGCUUUCGUGAUCAUUCUAGAAGGCAAGAUGAUAGACAAAGUAAUAAAAGAAAAUAUGAAAGAUCACAACCAAAGAAAGAGGAUACUCGAUCAAGAUUAAAAGAUAACGAAGACAAAACAGCGGUAAAAGGUAUAAGUGAGUCUGAUAGACGACAAGAAAAACAUGAUAAAUCAAAUAAAUUUGUAGCAGAUGAUAUGACUAGAAAUAAAGAACAAGAACCACAGUGGGGAAAACAAUAUACAAAGGAUAAAUCAAAACCAGUGUCUCAAGAAAAGGAAAAACCUAGUUUUGAAUUAUCUGGAAAAUUAUUAGAGGAUACAAAUACAGUUAAUAAUGUUGUGAUAAAAUAUGCAGAGCCAUCAGAUGCAAGGAAACCAAAACGAAGAUGGAGAUUAUAUCCUUUCAAAGGUGAAAAGGCUUUACCUACUCUUUAUGUUCAUAGGCAGUCAGCAUAUUUGAUGGGCAGAGAUAGAAAAGUAGCUGAUAUACCGUUAGAUCAUCCAUCAUGUUCUAAACAGCAUGCAGCUUUACAGUAUCGUUUGGUUUCAUUUCAAAAAGAAGGUGGAGGUGAGGGUAGACGGAUACGUCCAUAUUUAAUUGAUUUAGAUUCUGCAAAUGGAACUUUUGUCAAUAAUGUGAAAUUAGAACCAAGAAGAUUUCACGAAUUGUUGGAAAGAGAUGUGUUACGUUUUGGUUUUAGUUCUCGAGAAUAUGUUUUGUUACAUGAGUUAAGUAAAGAUGAUUCGUUAGAUGAUGAUGUUCCACUUAGCAGUACAACAUAGGUGGCAUAAACUAUAUAUUGCUACUAACGUACAAGCUAUUUCAAAUGGAUCUAUAUAAUGUAUAUUUUGUGAAAUUGUAAUAAAGUUAAAGACUAGUAAUGUAGAGAACUAUAAA